AUGGCUGCACCUGAGGCAUUCGCACCGAUGAUUCCUCAAAGCACCGAAGAAGUGACUGCUCGGAUGAAUAAAGUAUCUGUUGAUACUUUGUCGACAACUGAGCGUGCUCACGUUGCUACCAAUGCGGUUCGGAUCACCCUUCCGACUGACGCCACCACGAGAGCAGCGAGCAUCACUAAGUCAGGACUUUACGCCGAUCGCAAGCUUGUCCGUCGCGACAGUUUGGAACGUCGCGAAGCCUUUCUCAAGGGCAAGGAGGGGUCACGACAGCGACGCCGAUGGGAAAAUGAUCGCCUACUGUCAAACCCUUGGGCUGUUCCUCCCCUACCUUCUGACUGGGAAAUCCGUCCCACCUACCCUCGAAGAACCGUGCCCUACUAUCUCGCUCCGCUAUGGGAUGCUGCCGAGUUUCAACGGGCCGUCGAGUCCAAGCUCAAGGGCCGCCGGGAGAGCACGCGAAAUCAGGGGAAACGCGUCCAGAACACUGGCAUGAGUCCCAUGGAAGAAGCAGCGACCAGCAUACCCAAGGAAGUACGAGCCAAACUCAAACGCGCCAAAGCCGCCAAGGGAUUGCUCCAGGAUUUGGAGGAAACGGUCCGAGCUUUCGUGCGCAAGUGGAACGAGAGAGAAAUUCGUCUGAGGAGAGAUGGUCUGCAUGAUAUUCCUCUGACGAGCGACAGCGAGGACGAGGAGAUCGUCUUUAUUGGUCGAAAUGGAGCCAUGCACGAAUCAACCAACAAAGAGCAGAGAGAUAAGGAUGAUAUGGCGUGGGACGAGGACGAAACAAUUGGCACGGAAAAAAUGGUCUUUGAGGGUCUGGAUAAAGACAAGGGCGCCGCCUUCGCGAGAUGGCUGGUCCAUUGCGUGGGCAGCUACUAUGGGUUGCGAACAUGGAGUGUGACACGAGACAUCGAGGGUGGAGAAAAGAGAAGGCAAGCCUAUGUCGGCGUAGACAGCCGGGCGAGAGGAUUCCUGGGCCGAGGCGUCGAGGUUGGUCGCGAUAUCGAACUUCCACGCCCACUGUGGGGGAUGGUGUGA